AUGAAGAUUCCAAAAUCUCGUCAUAAGAGUGUCCUCCUAAACAACAAGAAAACGGAGCGUAAGAGAGACGUAAAAGCAGCGGCUUUCCCUGACUCUGAUGAAGAUUUUCCAUUGCUCAAGGCAAAGAGACAGUUUAAGGGAACGGGAACAAAGAACCGAAAAGCUCCUCUGACAGAUGAUGAUGCAGAGUCUUUUGAUGACCAGCCCCCAAAGAAGAAACGUAAGCGUGCUCCUCAAGCAGAGCCUGUAUAUGUCAUUCCAGAGGUUGAGAGAAAGGAGACCACGUUUCAUGGGCGUCUAGGGUAUGCUUGCUUGAACACCAUUUUACGCAACAAGAAACCUGCAGAUAAGGCGGUAUUCUGCUCGCGGACCUGUCGCAUUGAUACCAUCAAAAAGAACGGCAUAGAGUGGGUGAAGGACCUUGGUCGACGAAAUGUCGAGGAUAUGCUCAAGAUUAUCGAGUGGAAUGAAGAAAACAACAUACGCUUUAUGAGACUAUCAUCCGAAAUGUUCCCAUUUGCAUCCCACGAGCUUUAUGGAUAUUCCCUAGACUACUGUGCCCCAGUUCUAGCUGAGGUCGGCGCCCUGGCAAACAAAUAUGGUCACCGGCUCACGGCUCAUCCGGGUCAAUUUACUCAGUUGGGCUCUCCUAGGGAUUCAGUGGUCAAAGCCAGCAUCCGCGAGCUUGAGUACCAUGCGCAGAUGCUCAGCCUCAUGGGUAUUGGACCUGAUGGCGUCAUAAUCAUUCACGGAGGAGGAGUCUACGGUGACAAAGAGGCAGCGCUCGCCAGGAUUCGCAAGACAGUCGAGGAAGACCUUCCCAAGGCGGUCAGGGAUCGCUUAGUUUUAGAAAAUGAUGAGCUUUGUUACAAUGCUGCAGAUCUACUGCCGAUAUGCGAGAAGUUGGACAUCCCACUUAUUUUCGACCACCAUCACGACACGCUCAAUCCAUCUCCUGAUCUCACUCCCCGGGAGAUUAUUGCACGUACCAACAUUAUUUUCGCCAGGCGUGGCAUCAAGCCUAAGCAGCACUUAAGCGAACCUCGUGAAGGCGCCGUCACCGUCAUGGAACGCAGAGCGCAUGCAGGUAGAUGUCAGAGGCUACCAGAAGCCCUACCAGAUGAUAUGGAUUUGAUGAUCGAGGCAAAAGACAAGGAACAAGCAGUCCUUCAUUUAUAUCGUCUAUACAAUUUACAGCCCGUUAUUCAUGGUGCGUGCCAUGUGAAGUUCAUCUUUUGA